GUCGUCCUGGUUUCUCCUCCUGGUUUCUCCUCCUGGUUGCUCCUCCGCUCAGAGGCUGCUCCGCUCUUUGUUUCCCUCCUCCUCCCUCCGUGCAUGUCCCACCUGGACGGAUCUAGACCCGAAGAAGACCUGGUCCCUGAGAGCCGCCAGGCAGCAGCCCUCCGCCGGCAUGAGCCCCCCAGCAGGCGGCUCGGUCCUCCCCAGCCUCCUCAGCCUCCGCAGCCUCCUCAGCCUCCUCAGCCUCCAGAUCCAGCUGCUCCUGCUCGGCUCCAGCCUCCAGGUCGCCUCAGCGUCAGGACACUUUGAGCUCCAGGUCGUGUCCAUGCAGAACGUUAAGGGGCAGCUGAGCAGCGGCUCCUGCUGCGACGGGUCCCGGGACGUCCUGGACGGACGGUGCACGGCGGACGAGUGCGACACGUUUUUCCGAGCGUGUCUGAAGGAGUAUCAGCUGAAGGUGUCCUCGGCCGGGCCCUGCAGCUUCGGCUCCGGCUCCACGCCCGUCCUCGGAGGGAAUAGCUUUUCUUUACGCAAGGACCAGGACGACAGAGCCAGGAUCCUGUUGCCGUUCAGCUUCGCGUGGCCGAGAUCCUUCACUCUGAUCGUAGAAGCUCUGGACUUCAACAACGACUCGUCCUCCGGCGGCAGCGGGGGGGCUCUGAUCGAGAGGACCGUCCACUCCGGGAUGAUCAACCCCGGCCGGCAGUGGCAGAGCCUGAAGCACGACGGCCCCGUGGCCCAGUUCCUCUUCCAGGUCCGCCUCGGCUGCGACGACCACUACUACGGCUUCGGCUGCAACAAGUUCUGCCGGCCGCGGGACGACUUCUUCGGCCACUAUGAGUGCGACCACAACGGCAACAAGACCUGUCUGGAGGGCUGGUCUGGGCCGGACUGCAACACCGCCAUUUGCAGACAAGGUUGCAGCAAAGAACAUGGAUCCUGUAAAGUCCCUGGAGAGUGCAAGUGUCUGUAUGGUUGGCAGGGUGACUACUGUGACCAGUGCAUCCCUCAUCCCGGCUGUGUUCACGGCGGCUGUGUGGAGCCCUGGCAGUGUCUAUGUGACACCAACUAUGGAGGACAACUGUGUGACAAAGACCUGAACACCUGCAGGACUCUCCAGCCCUGUUUGAACGGAGGAACCUGCAGCAACACGGGACCAGACAAAUACCACUGCUCCUGUCCUGAAGGCUUCUCCGGGCUCCACUGUCAGCGAGCCGACCACGCCUGCCUGUCCAGCCCCUGUUUGAACGGAGGAACCUGUUCAGAAACCAGCCUGGGUUUCCAGUGCCGCUGUGGCCCCGGCUGGACCGGACCGUCCUGCUCCAUCAAUGUGGACGAGUGUCUGGUGAACCCCUGCAGCCACGGAGGGACCUGCCAGGACCUGGUCCACGGGUUCAGGUGCAUCUGUCCUCCAGAGUGGACCGGGAAGACCUGCCUCAUCGAUGCCAACGAGUGCGACGACAGCCCCUGUGUCAACGCCAAGUCCUGCAGAAACCUGAUCGGAGGAUACUUCUGUGAGUGCCUCCCUGGAUGGACGGGGCCCAACUGUGACACCAAUUUCAACGACUGUCACGGUCAGUGCCUCAACGGAGCAGCCUGCGAGGACCUGGUUGAUGGUUUCAGGUGUGAAUGUGCUCCAGGGUUCGUGGGUGAACGCUGUGAGGAGGACGUGGACGAGUGCUCCAGUGGACCGUGUCUCAACGGAGGACGAUGUCAGGAUGAGGUCAACGGCUUCCACUGCCUCUGUCCACCUGGUGUCUCUGGACGUCUCUGCCAGUCAGACAUGGAUUACUGCCUCCACAGGCCGUGUCUGAACGGAGCUCAGUGUUUCAACCUGGACUCCGACUACGUCUGUGAAUGUCCUGAAGACUACGAGGGGAAGAACUGCUCUGUGCUGAAGGACCACUGCCGCACCACGCCCUGCAAAGUGAUUGACAGCUGCACCGUUGCCGUGGCGUCCAAUAGCACUCCGGCCGGGGUGCGUUUGAUCUGGUCGGGCGUGUGCGGCCCCCACGGGCGGUGUCGCAGUGGCCCGGGGGGGCAGUUCAGCUGUGACUGUGAGGAGGGCUUCACCGGGACCUACUGCCACCAGAAUAUAAACGACUGUGAGAGCGCCCCCUGUCUGAACGGAGGAACCUGCCUGGAUAAAGUCACUCAGUACCAGUGCAUCUGUGCAGACGGAUGGGACGGAGCCACCUGCCACAACAAUGUUGAUGACUGCAGUUCUUCUCCGUGUCAGAACGGUGGCGUCUGUCGAGAUCUGAUCAACGACUUCCACUGUGACUGUAGCAACGGCUGGAAAGGAAAGACCUGCACCUCCAGAGAGAGUCAGUGUGAUGAGAACACCUGCAACAACGGAGGAACCUGCUCCGACCACGGAGACGCCUUCAGGUGUCAGUGUUCACCGGGCUGGGAGGGUUCCACCUGCAGCAUCGGGGUCUCCAGCAGCUGUGUGUCCAGUCCCUGUGAGAACGGAGGAACCUGUGUGGUUGAUGGAAACUCCUUCAGCUGCAUCUGUAAGGAGGGCUGGGAGGGCGCCACCUGCAGCCACAAUGCCAAUGACUGCAGUCCUCAUCCCUGCUACAAUGGGGGGACGUGUGUGGACGGAGAGAACUGGUAUCGAUGUGAAUGUUCUCCAGGCUUCUCCGGCCCAGACUGUAGAAUCAACAUCAAUGAGUGCCAGUCUUCACCCUGUGCCCAUGGCUCCACUUGUGUGGAUGAAAUCAACGGUUAUCGCUGCAUCUGUCCUCCAGGAAGAACCGGCCCCCGCUGCCAUGACGUGUCUGGGAGGCCCUGUGUCCUCGGGGGACUGGUGACUCUGGAUGGAAGCACAUGGGACGAGGACUGCAACAGCUGCCACUGUAAGGACGGGAGAGUCACCUGCACUAAGCUCUGGUGUGGACCAAGACCUUGCAGUCUCCAUAGGAGGACUCAGAGCCCAGAGUGUCCAUCAGGCCAGACCUGCGUCUCCAUCCAGGACGAGCGCUGUUUUGUGAAACCCUGCGUCUGGCAGGGGGAGUGCUGGGACCCCUCCCACCAAGACCCACCCCCGGCCAAGUGUCCCCCAGAGAGCAGCUGCACCAACGUCACCUUCACCUUCAACAAGGACGUCAUGAUGAGGGGUGUGACUGUGGAUCAGAUCUGUCGUGAGCUCAGGAGCCUCUACACUGUCAAGAACUUGUCUUCAGAUUCCUCCGUGUCUAUGACCUGUGAGCCGUCGCCUGGGGCCAACAAUGAGAUCCACGUAGCCAUCUGGACAGGAGACCAGAGGGGGGGUCUGGCCUCGGUCAGGGCCGUGAGUGACAGGAUGAUGGACCUGGUCAGCAGGAGGAGAGUCAACAGCUCCAUCAUCAGCGCCAUCGCAGAGGUUCGCAUCCAGAGACGACAUGGACAUAGUCCUAAAGAUCACCUGGUGCCCCUGCUGGUUUCCGUGGCGAUCAUGGUCUGGAUGCUGGCCGUGGUCCUGAUGCUGCUGUGGUGCGUCAGGAGGAGGAGGAGGAAGCAGAGCGUCCAGGCCUCGUCCUCUCUGGUGCCGGCCUCCGAGGACAACAACGCUCUGCACAACAGCAUCAGCGUCGCCCGAGAGCAGCUCAACCACAUCAAGAACCCCAUUAGGAAAAACCCAGCGAGCCACCAGCACCAACACCAGCACCACCUCCACCAAGAAAACCUGUACCAGGACAAGAACUCCGUCAACUCCAGGGUCAGAAGACCAGACGCUGGGAACCAGUCAGAGGACGAUGAGGUGGACAAGAGGCUGCAGAAGUCCAGGUCCCUCCUGGCACCGCCUGCAUACUCUCAGGUGGACUGGGAGGAACCGCCCCCCCAGCAUAUGACCAGCAGGACCCCCCACUGGACUAGUAAACUGGACAACAGACACUUACAGCCGCAGAGCUUCAGCAGGGUGGAGUACGCCGUAUAGCCAGCGGUGGAACUCUUUUAUUAUUAUUUUAUUUAUGACUUUUUCAGAAGAAACGGACAAGACACAACAGAACUGAAAUAAGGGUCCUAUCUAUUACCAGAUCUGUUUAAACCGGUUUGCUUUCCCUGUCAUUUCACAUCAGGUUUCUAUCUGUUGUGAGCAGCCAGCAGGAGAGAGGCCGUGUCCAAAAACUUCUGACCAGAAGUGGAACAUUUUAUGACCCACCGGGACAUCUGUAGCCUUUUUUUAAUUGUAUUUUUUUUUCUA